AUGAGCGAGGAGAUGCAGCAGGAGUCCGUCGACAUCGCGUCCGCCGCGCUCGAGAAGUACAACAUCGAGAAGGACAUCGCCGCGCAGAUCAAGAAGGAGUUCGACAGACGGCACGGGCCCACCUGGCACGUCGUCGUAGGCAAGAACUUUGGCAGCUACGUCACCCAUGAAACGAAACACUUUAUCUACUUCUACGUCGGCUCGCUUGCGAUCCUGAUCUGGAAGUCAUAG